AUGCCCCGACUCAGCAAUCGAGAGAAACGGCGAGCACGUUUCGCUGCAGCCCAAGACAGUCUGACAUCCGAAGAACUCGAGAAACAGAAGGAGCAGAAUAUGAAGGUGGCCCAAAAACCCCUUGCCCAUACCACUCUCUAUACGCUGAAACUCUCCAAGAAGUGGUUCAUUGAGUUCAUGGAAGAUGAGCACCCUGAAGUUGACGCCCAGGUUGAACUUUUUGCUCCUGAUAGCCAUGACCAGGAUCACGUUCUUCUCAAAGACAUCCUCCAUCAAGGCCAAUGUAUUCUUACUCGCCAAGGUCUCGAUGCUUGGCACGCUCUCUUGUUGGAAGAUUGGCAACUGCUUUAA